UCGGCGUUUACACAUCAACGUGCAGGCAAAUGUCCCGCCCACGGCGCUGAGUAUGAGGUGGAGAGAGGAGCGUUGCUGAAUGACAAACUUUACCGUUUAAUAUCAGUAAUGUUACGGGUGUUUAGCGUCUGUUUAAGUCUACAAGUGAAGACGAGCAUCAGGAGGAAGUGAAAUCUGAACGUUUAUUGAAGGACAGUGAGAAGAUGAGUGAUCCAGAACCCUGCAGAAUUAAACAGGAAGAGACUGAAGAGCAAACAGACUUUAUUGAAGACAAUGAGGAGGAGACACCUGUAAAAGCUGAGGAAAUCCCUCAUUUAUUGACUGAAGGUAUGUUUUUAAUGCGAAGAGAAGACAAGAAAAGUUUCACCUGCACUGAGUGUGGGAAGAGUUUGAGAUCCAAACAGAGUCUCCAGUUUCACAUGAGGAUUCACACUGGAGAGAAACCGUACACAUGCACUCAGUGUGGAAAGAGUGUCAGACAAUCAUCAGCGCUUAAAAUACACAUGAUGAUCCACACUGGAGAGAAACCACACCAAUGUGAUCAAUGCGGCAAAACGUUUUUGAUUCAUUCACACCUGGAGAACCAUCUGAGAGUUCACACUAAAGAGAAACCGUAUUCAUGCUCUGAGUGUGGAAAGAGUUUUGCAACGCAGUCAAGUUUAAGAAAACAUCAGAAGAUCCACACUGGAGUGAAAGAGCAUGUGUGCUUGGAGUGUGGGAAGACUUUUAUUACAGCUCAGGCUUUGAAGAAACACCAGAGGAUUCACACUGAAGAGAAACCGUACACGUGUUCACACUGCGACAAGAGAUUCAGACGGUCAGGAGACCUGAAAGUACAUGAGAGGAUUCACACUGGAGAGAAGCCGUACACGUGUGAUCAGUGUCUGAAGAGUUUCACACACUUUAAUCAGAUUAAAACACACAUGAAAACCCACACUGGAGAAAAGUAUGGAAUAAAAUCGCUGUCAUAAAUAUUUCGUGCGUAAAUAAAAUUCACGCAUGCGUAAUUAUAAAAUCGUAAAGGAAAACGGAACGUUCUCGUAAUUUUACGAGGGUACAAUUUCAAAACCUGCGAUUAGACGGACAUUUCUCAAAGAGGGAAUAAGAGAAAUCUUGCCCGAGACAGUGUGUGUGGAACUCGAGUGUCCAGCAGGCGCGCCAUUGUGAUCGAUGACUCUCGCUUGUUUAUUAAUGCCUGUGACAGCGGUGAUGUAAUUUUGACAGUGAAGUGUCGCUGUUUGAUUCGUACUCGUAAUCAGGACUUCGUGUCCGUGGAGAAACUGUAAUUCGUGUGUGUAAAGUACACAGAUCGUAAAUUUAUCAGUCGUAUACAAACAGACAAAGAAAAUGUCGUAUCUGUGUCUGGUCUAAUCGCAGGUUUUGAAAUUGUACCCUCGUAAAAUUACGAGUACGCUCCGUUUUCCUUUACGAUUUUAUAAUUACGGAUGCGUGAAUUUUAUUUAAGCCCGAAAUAUUUAUGACAGCGAUUUUAUUCCAUAAAAAGCAGCACACGUGACGUCAAUACAGCAAAACAUUUUCUCAUGUGAAACAGGUGUUUCAUGUCUUCAUUCAGCCUCUGUUCUUUUACCAUGUCUCAAGGUUCAGAAAUAAAUGUGUUUCCCAGUACAGGUAUCUUGGAAUCUUAAUUAAUAUAACACUCUCUCCUUUGGGCCUCAUAUUCAGCAAAUGGUGAAAUAAUGUAAGUAAUUUUAGGUUUCGCUUUUAUAAUUAAAUCUCGUCAAUCUUUCGAAGCUAAAAAACAAGCUUGUGGCUCAACUUUCAUGUCUGUAUUGGACUGUGAGGAUUUUAUUCAUAUGCAUCUUCUCAGAGCUUGCAUGCUGUAGACACUGACUGUUUACAUGGACAUCAGCAGAGAUGUAUACAGUACUGGAGAUCUAGACUUAAUUAAAAGUACAAGUGCUCU